AUCACACCCACCUUUGAUCCCUCUCUUUCUCUUAUACACAAGACAAGCUAAAUUAGCUAUGAAAAACCUUAUAAAUCAGAUUCUAGACGUUGCAACUUCAUGCUUAGCUUUCAUAGCACUAAUCUUUAUUCUUCCACCUUUCUUAUGUUUGAAGUUCUUUCUCUCAAGUCUAAAUUUCAUCUUCAGCGAAAAUGUGUCCGGAAAAGUUGUGCUCAUUACCGGAGCAUCCUCCGGCAUUGGCGAGCAUCUUGCAUAUGAGUAUGCAAGGAGAGGAGCCAAAUUAGCCCUUGUAGCCAGACGGCGGCAACGUCUCCAAGAUGUUGCUGAAACCAGCCGUUAUCUUGGUGCACCUGAUGUUCUUGUCAUCUCGGCAGAUGUUACUAAAGUUGGAGAAUCUAAGCAUUUCAUCAAUGAAACAGUGAAUCAUUUUGGUGGAUUGGAUCAUUUGUUGAACAAUGCUGGAAUUUCCACAAUGAGCAUGUUAGAAGAAUUCCCUGACAUAACAAAUGUUGCACCUGUGAUGGAAACGAACUUCUGGGGCUCAGUGUAUAGUACCCACUUUGCAAUUCCACAUCUAAAAGCAAGCAGAGGCAAGAUAAUAGUUACUGCCUCGUCUGGAGCCUGGUUGCCUGUUCCACGAAUGGCUUUCUACUCUGCAAGUAAAGCAGCAGUUUUAAGCUUCUUCGAGACAUUGAGAGUUGAGCUUGGAGGAGACAUAGGGAUCACAAUUGUAACUCCUGGGCUGACUGAAUCAGAAUUGACCAAAGGAAAGAUCCUCUCAAAGGAUGGCAAAAUGGUACUUGAUCAAAAUAUGAGAGAUGCAAGUUUGCCUCGUAUCUUUUCUAGAGUUGCAUUUCAAAAAAUAAGAUAAUGAUACUAUGUUCAGUUACAGCAUAUACCAUGAUGUCUAUCAUAUAAGGCAUAAGGCAAAUCUUCUAUGCAAUGAAUUCUUUCAUUCA